AUGCAACCCAGCUUGGUCUUCAGUACCUUGGCCACCCUCAAUGUCGCCGUUGUCGCCGCUCUUCUCUCCACCUUUAAAGAAGAUGCUCUCGUUACCCGCGAUAACGUAAAGCCCUUCGGUACCAAGAUCUGCGUGGAUGUCAACUUCCGUGGACUUUGCCAAACCUUUUCUAACACGACAACGGGCUUGGGAUUUACUUCAUGUAUUCGUCUCGACGAUAGUCUUAGGGGUCUCGCCUCCUCCGUUGAACCAUUCGAGAAUACGCUAUGCCAUUACUACAUGCUGGACCGUUGUGAAUUGCCGAAUGACAAUCCUGAUAACUUCGGCUGCGCGGUCUACGGCGUGCAUUCGAGUAUUCCAGACUUGAAGACGAAGGCCGCGGCCGGAAUCAGUUGGGGGUCAAAAUGCAAUGGUAUUAAGAAUAUGGACAAGCAGAUCCGCAGCUUCCGAUGCUUUCCCAAUCCUUGGCUGGGUGGCCUACCAACCUGA